AUGAACACAUUAAUUGUGGUUUCAAUACAACUAUUGAUUGUAUUGAAUGCAACGAAUCCGUUAUGUAAUAACACAAACAUCACAAUUGAUUCGGCAUUUGUGGACAAAUACUGUGAUUUGGGAUCAGAUGUCAUCACUUUGUUUGCAGACAACACUGUCUAUCAAUUGACUGUCAAUGCAAGGGAUCCCAUGAAUCCUGUCUUCAAAUACAACAGAUCUCAAUCAUUAAACGAGUGGUCAAAUGGGGACUACCAUUUGGAAAAUGUGGGCAACCAAUAA